AUGCGCGUGCGUGGGGCACCCGCCAUCGCCGUGAGCGCCGCCAUCGCCAUCGCCGUCGCCGCUGAGCGGGAGCUGCAGCAGCGACCAGACGCCUGGCAGUCUGCGGAGGACGCGCGGCAGUUUCUGCUGGCGAGCUGCGACACCGUUAUGACGGCGCGCCCGACCGCCGUGAAUCUCUCCAAGACACUCACGCAGAUGAAGUGCGACAUUGCAGCGGUCGAGGCCCACACACCAGGGGCGAUGGUGGAGGCCUGCGUCCGGCUGGCGGAGAAGAUCUACGCCGACGACGUCGCCUACAACGAGGGUAUCAUGCGCCACGGGGCGGCGCACAUUCUGAAGCUCGCGCAGAAGCCGAAGGUGCGUGUGCUGACGAUUUGCAACACUGGCGCCCUCGCGACGUCGCGCUACGGCACGGCGCUCGGCGUUGUGAGGCAGCUUUUCUACGACGGCCGCCUCGAGCAGCUGUACGCGUGCGAGACGCGGCCGUGGAAUCAGGGCGCGCGGCUCACUGUCUACGAGUGCGUGCAGGAGCAGAUCCCGUGCACGCUGCUCUGCGACAGCGCCGCCGCCGCACUGAUGCGGUCGUGCUGCAUCGACGCCGUGAUUGUUGGCGCCGACCGCGUCUGCCUGAACGGCGACACGGCGAACAAGAUUGGCACGUACAGCCUCGCCGUUGCGGCCGCGCAGCACCGUGUCCCCUUCUUUGUUGCAGCCCCGUCGACAACGCUCGACCCAAACACACCCGACGGCGACAGCGUCACGAUUGAGGAGCGCGAAACGGUGGAGAUUACACACAACAUGGUUACGCGGCAGCGCGUGGUGGCGAACGGGCCGCAGCUGCGCAUUUGGAACCCCGUCUUUGACAUCACACCGGCGGCGCUCAUCACGGGCGGUAUCAUAACAGAGCGCGGUGUUGUGCAACCAGCAGAAGCAGCGCCGUUCUUCGACAUUGCCUGCAUCGUGGCGUAG